GAGGCGGCGGCGGCGGCGGCAGAGAGACCGGGAGGAGGGACGGGAGGCAGGAAGAGGGCCGCCGAAGGCCGGGCCAGGUGGCUGGAGCGGGUGCCGGCUGCGCCGCGCGGCUCUCGGUUCCGACGGCCUCUCUCAUGCGCUGAGGGCGCCCGGCUGGGCCGGGCCGGCAGCCGGAGGGAAGGCUCCUCUCCAUGGUCCAGAAGACCAGCAUGUCCCGGAGCCCUUACCCACCCUCCCAGGAGAUCCCCAUGGAGGUCUUCGACCCCAGCCCGCAGGGCAAAUACAGCAAGAGGAAAGGGCGGUUCAAAAGGUCGGAUGGGAGCACGUCCUCAGAUACGACAUCCAACAGUUUUGUCCGCCAGGGCUCGGCGGAGUCCUACACCAGCCGACCAUCGGACUCUGACGUGUCUCUGGAGGAGGACCGGGAAGCCCUAAGGAAGGAGGCAGAGCGCCAGGCAUUGGCCCAGCUCGAGAAAGCCAAGACCAAGCCCGUGGCAUUUGCUGUGCGAACAAAUGUCGGCUACAACCCAUCUCCCGGGGAUGAGGUGCCAGUGCAGGGACUGGCCAUCACCUUCGAGCCCAAGGACUUCCUGCACAUCAAAGAGAAAUAUAAUAACGACUGGUGGAUCGGGCGACUGGUGAAGGAGGGCUGUGAGGUUGGCUUUAUCCCCAGCCCUGUCAAACUGGACAGCCUGCGCCUCCUGCAGGAACAGAAGCUGCGCCAGAACCGCCUCAGCUCCAGCAAAUCAGGUGACAACUCCAGCUCCAGCCUAGGAGAUGUGGUGACUGGCACCCGCCGCCCCACGCCCCCUGCCAGUGGUAAUGAGAUGACUAACUUAGCCUUUGAACUAGACCCCCUAGAGCUAGAGGACGAGGAGGCAGAGCUCGGGGAGCAGAGCGGCUCUGCCAAGACUAGCGUUAGCAGUGUUACCUCCCCUCCACCCCAUGGCAAACGCAUCCCCUUCUUCAAGAAGACAGAGCAUGUGCCCCCCUAUGACGUGGUACCUUCCAUGAGGCCCAUCAUCCUGGUGGGACCAUCGCUCAAGGGCUAUGAGGUUACAGACAUGAUGCAGAAAGCUUUAUUUGACUUCCUGAAGCAUCGAUUUGAUGGCAGGAUCUCCAUCACUCGUGUGACGGCAGACAUUUCCCUGGCUAAGCGCUCAGUCCUCAACAACCCCAGCAAACAUAUCAUCAUUGAGCGCUCCAACACACGCUCCAGCUUGGCUGAGGUUCAGAGCGAGAUCGAGCGAAUCUUUGAGCUGGCCCGGACCCUUCAGUUGGUUGCUCUGGAUGCUGACACCAUCAACCACCCAGCCCAGCUCUCUAAGACCUCACUGGCCCCCAUCAUUGUUUACAUCAAGAUCACCUCUCCAAAGGUACUUCAGAGGCUCAUCAAGUCCCGAGGGAAGUCUCAGUCCAAACACCUCAAUGUCCAAAUAGCGGCCUCCGAGAAGCUGGCGCAGUGUCCUCCCGAAAUGUUUGACAUCAUCCUGGACGAGAACCAAUUGGAGGACGCCUGCGAGCACUUGGCCGAAUACUUGGAAGCCUAUUGGAAGGCCACACACCCGCCCAGCAGCACUCCGCCCAAUCCGCUGCUGAACCGUACCAUGGCUACUGCCGCUCUGGCCGCCAGCCCUGCCCCUGUCUCCAACCUCCAGGGACCCUACCUUGCUUCCGGGGACCAGUCGCUGGAACGGGCCACCGGGGAGCACGCCAGCGUGCACGAGUACCCCGGGGAGCUGGGCCAGCCCCCGGGCCUUUACCCCAGCAGCCACCCACCAGGCCGGGCGGGCACCCUGCGGGCACUGUCUCGCCAAGACACGUUUGACGCCGACACCCCUGGCAACCGAAACUCUGCCUACACGGAGCUGGGAGACUCAUGUGUGGACAUGGAAACUGACCCUUCAGAGGGGCCAGGGCUCGGAGACCCUGCAGGGGGCAGCACCCCACCGGCCCGGCAGGGAUCCUGGGAGGAUGAGGAAGAAGACUAUGAAGAGGAGCUGACCGACAACCGGAACCGUGGCCGGAAUAAGGCCCGCUACUGCGCAGAGGGUGGGGGUCCAGUUUUGGGGCGCAACAAGAAUGAGCUGGAAGGCUGGGGGCGAGGUGUCUACAUCCGCUGAGAAGCAGGGGCCACACAGUGGCCCAGGGGAGGGGAGGGACCGAGGGGCUCACCACAGGGGGGUAUCUUGCCUCCAGGGGGGCGCUGUCUCCCUCUCAGAUGCCUUCGCUGGAUGUUUGGGGUUUCUUUGGUGGUAGCAUCCCAGCGCCUGGGAUUCCCUUAAAGCCCAGCUGUAGGUUUUCACUUACUGCUGUGGAUGGAUGAGGGGAUGCCCACCUUCCUGCAGUGUCCCUUUUCCCCCACCUCAGGGGGCUCUCUCUGCUCACUCCCAGAGAAAAGGUGCACUUCCUUAACUCUUUCUACUUGGGGCUCUAAAUAAGGGUCCUAAAUGGGGUAGCCCUUUUUUUCCCCAACCUGGAGUAUUUGGGAAGGGUAAGGGGGCUUCCAUAGACUCCUUCCCGUGAGGGCUCUCUUCCCUGAACCCCAGACCCAGGUUCCUACACCAUGCCCACCCCUCUCCCAGCUUCCUGGCAGCAUUGUCUGGUGGGUGAAAGGUAUAGAAUGGAAGCCCCAUGGGGAACUUGUCUUGGGGAGGGGUCUGGGUAGAGAGCGGCAGGCAUCAAAUGUAGUGCCCUCUGCCGGACCCGGACCCCUGAGGAGCGGGCAGCCGGAGACCCUGCUACCCACCCCACCACUUCCAUGCCUCAGCCUCCACCUGCGCCAGGAAUGAGCUUUGCCUACAACCUCCCUUGCCUACUGCCAUCAGAAGAGGGGGCCCCUCUGCGUCUGAGCCCCCCACCCCGUUUCACCUGGGUGUGGCACCCAUGGAACAUUCUAGUCCGCCUCAUUUUGAAACCAAAAAAACUGCUCCUUCACUUUCGCCCGGAGGCCCCAGGGGAGAGGCCCUGUGGGUUGGUGCCCAAGAGGUAAUCGCUGCCCCAGGGGUCACCUCGGGGCCUCGGAUCUCCCCUGGGGGGCUUGGCUGCUGCUGGUCUUGCUCUGCAUUUGCCUCUUGUGAUCCUGUCCUUACCCCACGUCCACUCCCCCCCAGGAGAUGCCUUGGUACCCCCUCUGGCCCCUCCAGUGGUCCUUGGCCUAGCGUCCCUACAGCCCCGCAGCCCUGCCCCUCCCCAGCACGCAGUGGGGCCAGAGAGAGCCGACUGUGCCAACGAGGACUGGGCCCUGCCCGGCUGCCCUCCUCGGGGAUGGGCGCCUCAUCCCUGUCUCGCCACCUGUGCCGGUGUGGUUCCCCCCCUCCCCAACGUGGGGUGGGGUGCAGCUUCCACUCACUGGUUAGAAGACACCACUGCCCAGUGUCCCUCCCCUCCCUCCCUGUCUGGUGUCCUGUGCCCCCAUCUGUCUGUCUGUCCGUCUGUACUCCCCUAGAAGUAUUGGGUCACAUAUAAAACCGCCGUCCUGUCCUUUG